UCCUGUUGUGUUGGAGUGGAAUACUGAAGUGGAACUGCUGUGCUGGACCUGCUGCAGAAACCUCAGGGUUACAGGAGGGGCACCAGGAGGAGCACCAGGAGGAGACGGGGUACUGCCUCCAGGUCGAGCAAGAAACUUGAGCACAGACUCUGUGGGGUCAUGAGGACUGCCCGGCGGGCGAGCAAUGUGGAGGUGCCUUCCUUCCUCCGUCAGUUGGCCAAAGAGACAGAGAAGAUGGUCACCUUCUUCCUUAAGGGGGGCACCAGGGACAGAGAGCCUGUGGAGGAGGAUGGUUUUGAGGAGGACGAUGAUUUAAUGCCCAGCCCGUACCUGGAACAUCCAAACCUGGAGAAGCACGAGGCAGAGGGUGGUUCCCCCAGUGGGGUAAACUACGCUGUGGCGAGUAUGCAGGGCUGGAGGACUCAGAUGGAAGAUGCCCACACCUGCAUGGCCCAGCUGAAAGGAGAGCUGUCUGACUGGGGAUACUUUGCUGUGUUUGACGGACACGCCGGCACCACAGUGGCACAGUAUUGUUCCAAGAAUCUGCUGGAUCACAUCCUGGCGACAGGUAGAAUUAAAGUCGAUGAAAAUCCUGAGCAAGUGAAGGAAGGGAUCCAUGAGGGGUUCUUGGAUAUUGAUCAACACAUGCACAAACUUGCUCGCCAGGACAGCUGGGACCAGAGUGGCACUACAGCAGCAGCUGUCAUGCUCUCGCCGCGCUACAUCUACUUUAUCAACUGUGGUGACUCUCGCACCCUGCUCUGCCGUAAAGGCCAGGUGGUCUUCUAUACGGAGGACCACAAGCCCUUCAACCCCCGGGAGAAGGAGCGCAUCCAGAAUGCUGGGGGCUCAGUGACCCUACAGAGAGUCAAUGGCUCACUGGCCGUUUCCAGAACUCUGGGAGACUUUGACUUCAAGGAGGUGGAGUGGAGGCCACAGACGGAGCAGCUGGUGUCCCCGGAGCCUGAGGUGUACGAGCUGGAGAGAACACCAGACGACGAAUUCCUAAUUCUAGCAUGUGAUGGUGUGUGGGACGCCAUUGGUAAUGAGGAACUCUGUGCCUUUGUGCACAACCGCAUGCAGGUGUGCGAUGACCUGAGAGAGAUUUGCACCCAAGUCAUUGACCUGUGCCUGUACAAGGGGAGUUUGGAUAACAUCAGCGUCAUCAUCGUCUGCUUCCCCAGCGCCCCCCAGGUGUCCAAAGAGGCCCUACAGCAGGAGGCUGCGCUAGAGCGACUGAUCGACAUGAAAGUGGAGGAAAUCAUCCACUUCAUUAAGUCCACUGACAAGGACCCGGACCUCCUCUACGUCAUCAAAUUCCUCACCUCUGAGAACAUACCAGGGCUUCCACCAGGGGACGGUAUCAUCAGCAAGCGAGACUGUAUUAUUUCAGCGUAUCAGAAAUAUAUCACAACUCACAGAACUCAGGAGCCCACGGAUGCUGAAGGAUCGGAGGAAGCAUCACGCUAAACUUCACCAUGGAAACAGAAUCAUCAUCCUCAGUUCUGCUAUCGCCAUGGAAACCUGUUUGAUUCAAAAUUAGUAAUUGCGCGUCAUCAUUUUUUUGAUGGACUAUCAUUCUUUAGUAGAUUUUGUUUUGAAUUUUUAAAUUGUUAUUGAGUUCGUAAGCCAUGUUCUAUUUCAUUUCUAUUUCUAUUAUGUUUUGCAUGUUUGCUGCUCAUCUGUUUGUGGGAGU